UAUGUAUAUAGCUUUUGAUUUUGUACAGUAUUUUCAUGUGUUCUUUUUGUAUACUUACAGGUGAUAGAACAAGGUGAAAAUGCGUGGAAGGGUGUGGUAAUUAGUGAUAAUAGGAGGAUGUCGAAGCCGGGAUAUUUCCCGCCCGAAAAUGUUGUCCUCAUAGAUAGUUCAGCUCAUACACUGAAACGAGGCCGACGAGCUCCUAGUCUUCCCAGCAUGCAGCAAGUUCCGGACCUUCUUAAUCGCAGUCCAGGACAUUACAAUUACUCAAACCAUGAUGUUAACCACUACGGCAGUGUAGGGGCAGACGACUCCUUCCCUCCACCCCCCUCAUCCCUUGUGUCCUGUAUAUCUCCCAACAAAGAUUGCCAUGGUUAUAUCCACCAUCACCAUGACCACAACGGUGCCUUAUACCUAACGGGUCAUCAUAUUCACCAUCAGCCCCAUACUCAAUACAGCUCAGUGCCCGACAGUCAUAAUGUAAAUGGUAGACCAUAUGAUAAUCACAACCAUGUUGGCGAACACAACUUACACAAUCACCAUGGCGACUGGGCAUCUCCAACUCCAUACUCCAUCGUUGGGGACCUGAGGACCGCUAGUCCAGCCAAAGGCAGUCCGACCAAUAGUAAUCGUAACAGUGCCGCCAGCAGUGACAGUGGCAGGGGCUACAGCACAGGCCACUUAGAACCCAAGGUAACACAUAAUUACGCGAAUGUACAGAUAAACAACCAGCACCGUCUGUCCGGCCAGAGUUACGAGUCGGGCGUAUCAUCACGUCAGAGCUACCACAGUACGUCAAGUUCCAGCGUCGGCAGUCUGGAUCGCCUGGAGGAGGGUGGCUACAGCAGCCAGAUCAACGUGGCGGAGCUCGUACACGCAGGCCUGCCAGAUCAUGAAGUCUUGCGCUGCUGGCUUCGAGAUCUGCGCUUUGAAGAUUACCAUGGCAACUUUUUGCAGGCGGGCUAUGACAUGCCAACGAUAUCUCGUAUGACUCCAGAGGAUCUGACGGCUAUAGGAAUAACGAAACCAGGCCACAGAAAACGGCUCAAGGCUGAGAUAGCUCGCCUCAACAUCCACGAUGGAAUCCCGGACCAUAAACCAAUGUCAGUUAUGGAAUGGUUGCACCUAUUGAAUCUGGAGCAGUACCACGCCACACUAGUAAACCAGGGCUACGCUAACGUGGACUAUGUCACCGACAUCACCUGGGAAGACCUGGAGGAGAUCGGCAUCCAGAAACUUGGUCACCAGAAAAAGAUCAUGCUGGCGAUAGAGCGACUAAAGAGGAUCAUGUCGGGUUCCAAACGCCUCUCUACCAUGGACAACAAUAAGCGUUCAUCUGGUGAAGCACUGGAGCCACCGGCCAACAACAACUCAAGAUGGUCAGGUGGCGAGGUCAUGUCAUCAUCAUACAAUGGUCAGGAAAUGGCCGGAGGCAUGCCCUAUAAACCACGCCGCUCGUCAUCAAGUGAGAACUCCAAUAAUGCUAAUGUUGACUUCUCGUCAGCAACAUCGUCACCUUUUAGGAACCGACACAGCAGUGAGAGCAGCGCUGACUCCUGUUUCCUUCCGCCUAGUCCCAGUGGUAGUUCAUCAUCGUCAUACCAGCCCGACGUUGUGGCCAUACAGGUCAAGCGGUCAUCAUCUCAGUCAGGCCCAGCGCCAUACCAGAAGGAGUCCCGAGACAUGAGUGGUCAAACAAUCACUUACCAGUCAUUUCAGGUUCCAGCUACAGGCCAGCGACUGUCCGACAGUAUGGACCGUGAGACCACACCUACCGGUGAUGACAUGAUGUACAUAAUACAGGGGUCACCCAAGGCAUCAUUACCCGUGGCAACUGUUGUUCCUAAGGCAGCCAUUAAACCUAAACCUGUCGCUAAAAUUAUCGCGAAAACUAAACGUACUAGUCGUGAGUGUUCGCCGGACAUUAUAGACAUUGAAAAGCAUGAGAUUGAAAAAAAUCAGGAUGUGUGUCAAAGUCCGUCACAUAAUGGAGGCCAUCGUAAGUCGGACCAUAUUUACGAUCAACCUCAGAUACACUCUUCCAUGUCACCCUGUCACAAAAAGAUUGAGCUGCAGGAGAUACCAAGUUCACCAAAAGCACAGAAUCAUAAAGUCAACAAAAACAAUGCUGUGACUGAUCCUAUCUAUGUCUCAACACAACAGGAAGUGACAUCACAGCCCCAGAACUCUCCUCAACAGGGCUCACCUAGUGGUAAAAGCCGGAAGGUUCCCCCUCCUCCACCCCCAAAACGGACUAAUUCCAUCACACAACGAUCAGACCUUGGGGUCAAAGAGCCAAGGUCCCCACACUUCGCUGGAAGUAUACCUAAGUCUGCCGUUCAAAGCCAGUCAACCGGAAACCAGCCAGAACAAGGUUCACAUAAAAAGGAAAAGGCUUUUGCAAAUUGUGUUCAGAGUCUUUCAGAGAGAUUUGGAAGAAAGCGUGGGGAAUCGUGCAAUUCUGAUGAGGUGGGUAGUUCUGACGGGGAGGAGUUUCCCCCACCCCCACCUCCCGUUGCUAUGGAUAUUAUCACCCCCAAACUGCAUAACUAUGGGAUUCCCAGUAAGGAGGAGAAAAGCAGUAUGGGGAGUGAGUAUCGUCAUCAGGGCAAAGUUAAAGUGGAACAUGGCAUGUCUCCGGGUACGGUUGUGAGUAGUACUCUCAGCCCUGCCAAGACUGUUUCUGUCAGUGAGGAUUCAAAUGCAGACGAGGCAAGUGUGGAAAGUACAUUUGGUGUAAAACUGAGAACACAACCAACAGUGUCUGUGACUGCCCAGGGGACCCCGCCCCCGACACCAAAGUCACAUGGUAUAGUUCAGGGCGGGGCUCCGGCUGUGUCUCGUGUCCACCCCACAGUGUCUCAUCCAAAACCAUCACUUCCACCAAAAGUUUCAUCCGUGAAUAGUGGUCACCCUCCCCACUUUAUCCAUAGUGUUCCCAGUGAGAUCGGUAGUGCUAGGGAAAGGAUAAAAGACUCUCAUCCUAGCUUGGACCUGAAUACCUCCACUUCUAGUGUCGAAUCCAACACGCUGCCAUUUGCCAAUGAAAAUGUUGGGACAAUAAAGCAGCGAACACCUACGACCAAACCCUCUGUUGUGCUCAUUUCUGAGGGGCUUGGUCAGGAAAAUUCAUACGUGUUUGAACAUCUCUCUAGUGGCACCCACACUGUGUCAGCUACUCACCAUCCUGUCACAUCCCACAAGGUAGAAAUGAAGAAGCCAGCAGUGCCGAAGAAACCAGGGGUAUCCAUGGGAACUCUUUCAGCACCAAACACAACAAAACCUUCUGGUGGCGACGUCCUGAACGACAUAGACAACAUGUUACAGGGCUUGACCGACGAGCUGGACGCCAUGCUGGAGGAGGAGAUGAAUCUGGACUGACCAUGUGGUUUGACCAAUCCAAUUGUUAUUAAAAGACAUCUCUAUGGCUGUCCCUCACUUUAAUACACAGAGUUACCAAAUUGGCUGAAGAUACCUGGUGCUGUGAGGCAAGACGGUCAUUCUCUUGUUGGAUGUCUUCGGUUCAGUAUCCUUGUAACAACACGGAUAUUUCAGCAAGCAUCAGUGUUAUUACUUCUAUAUCAGGAGAAAAAAUUACCAGAGAACAACUUGUGUGGAAUUAUGUGGAAAUACGUACUAAAGUUUUCUGUGUGGAAGACAAUAUUCAUCUAACCCAUAUACUUACGGAGCCUACAUCUAAGUCUACAUCUGUCAACAAAUUAAACGAAAUGCUAUCAUAAUUGUGUGUUAUAGAAAACACAGGGAAUUUUAAUGUAUGGGAAAAAGGUAUCUUCAACCACCUUGUCAUCAAGAGAUUUGAUUGAUCGGAAGGAUGAAGCAGAUUGCAAAUGCUGAUUGGCUACAGAAAAAUCAAUGAUAGACAUUUGAUUGGAUGAAUGAUAAUAAAUAAAUUAUCAUAUCAAUACACAAUCCAGGGUACCUCAUCGACGUCAACGAUUGGUGAUCUUGGCUCGUGAUUUUAGGUGCUUCUAGGUAAAAUGUCUUUUUCUAAAUUCUUAAUCUCAAUUUAGGAAUCUUUAAAGGUGAUGUGCAAAUUGUAUGUUUCAAGUAGCGAAUUAUUGAAAAGAUUGUAGCAAUUUAAAAUAAUUUUGAUUAAAGCUGCUUGCGAAAGUUUAAUUGAGAUCUAAAUACGGGCAAAAGCAACAUAUUACAUUCUGUAAAUAGACUUUCUGGACUGUGUUCAUUGUAAAAAAGAACUGCAAAAAUGCCAGUUUAACGUGUAUAGUGUGUUUGUUGGAACCCUCCAGACACUGUUCUUGCCAGCUUUAUUCGCUCUGUUCAAUGUUUGAUGUGAUAUAAGACAUAUUUGAUCAGUAUUUAUUGUCGUUCUUUGUCUUUCCUUGAAUGAAGAUUCACCAUAGCUUUAACAGGGACGUUAUGUAGCUUCCUCUUGUAUAUGUACUUCAUCACCUCAUAUGAACUUGCACUGCCCUGUAAAAAUUGUAUUUGGCAUAUUUCUGUCUGUGUUUUGAUGCUAAUGCAGUUUUCUAUUUUCCAAGUUAUUUAUUUGAUUAUUCAUUUCAUCUGAACAGUGGUAUAUACAUUCUUUUUGUUUUUCUGUCAAUGGCUAGUAGCUAUAGCUAUUGCAGCGAAUUUAUGUGGUAAAAUAUAUGUUCUUCAGCAUUUUAAACUUCUUUGUAUGAAUACAUUUAAAUUAAUUCAUAUUUUCUAAAUCUUUUAUCUCAAGGGUUAUAUUUUUUUUCUUUCUUUUUUAAGUCCUUCAAGAAAUUAUUUUUUGAAUAUUAAUGUUGUGGUAUUGGGCAUUAAAUGAACAUUCUGACAUUCCCUACCUAUCAAGGGGAGACAACAAAUGGUAUCAAAGGGGGACAAUCCUACAUUUCAAAUCCGUCACUUCAAAGGGGGAUAACUCAUCAUUGUAGGAAUUAUCAGAAAUUAAUGAAAACUUUCUUUCAAAAACCUAGUUCAGAGUAAAUGAAUUAACAAAUCUGUAUGUGUUUGCAAAUGCAGUCUUGUCUAACUUUCGAGAACUCUUCAUAGAACAAGAUCGUUGUAGCAAGCAUAUUGCAGUAUGUUACAACACGAAUACAUUUAGCUACCCUCAUGUCAUUUUUUAGAUACUUUUGUUUUUUCAUUAUCAAUUUUUUUUCUAAAGUUCUUCAAUCAUGUACAGUAUAGAACAUUAACAAAUGAAAACAGUCUGUGUGAUGUGCUGUUGUCUAAAAAAAAAAAAUAUUUACAGAAAUGGCUAACACUACUGUUAAACUUUUGUAAAGACUAUAUAGAUAUUUUAUUAUUGUUUGAAGUCUCUGUCCUCUAAUAUAACCACUGUAACUUAUCAUGGCCCUAGGUUGUGUCAGUCUGUACUCUACCCUUUACUUUUCACUGCCUUCUAUUCAGCAGUGAUCCAUGUACAAUGCAUAUUGAAUAUUUUUAAAUAAUUUUUAAAAUGCAUGAUCAUAUUUUCUCUUUCUAAUCUAUACAUAAGUUUGUAUUUGUGAAUGUUUACCUUUCAAAGGAUUUCACUGUUGAAUAUUCAUGACCUCAGUUAAUGUGGUAAAACUUUAACCUCAUGUCUGAUGUUCACCUACAUUGUACAUGUACUUAUAUAGCCAAUUUGUAGGAUGUGCAUGUUGUGAUUAGUGAAUGUGACCAUUUAUAUAUAUAUAUAGAUGAAUGGAUGUCUCAUUAAAAUUUGUCGCUGAAAUCAUCAAUGCAUUGAACAAGAAUUACAAUAUGGUGUUCACUGGAUCUCUCGGAAGUAUACUUCAUUAUAGUCUAACCGUUGGUCUAUAAGAGUUAUGUGUAUAAUAUUAACAUUACAGGUAAAAAUAUGGACUGAAGUUUCACAAACGUAAUAUUUACGUGAGAAUAACUCCCAAUGCUUCUUAAAAUCCCUUAUCAUUGCAUAAAUGAGUUUCUGUAAUUCUAAAAAUGAUGAAAAUUGAAGAGUGCUCAUACCAGUUAUCUAGUCCAACUUCCUGUGCUUCAGAUAUAACACUAUAGAACUACAGACUUACCUGAGUGUUUAUAGUGGAUGGAACAAUUCACCAGUUGUGUUGAACCAGGUUAAGUGUAGAUUUAGUUAAGCCUGGAGAUUUAGUUAAGCCUGU